GGAUUCUGCCAGCCGCGGCUGCCGCUGGAGCCGGUGUCCGGGCUGGUGAUGGGGUUAAUUCCCUUUCGUAAGACUCCUACUUGCACCCACCCAGCCCCGCCGUCGCCCCGCCGCGCCGCGCUCCAGCCGCCUCCUCCUCCUCCUCAGUAACGCGGAAUAACUGACCAGUGCUCUUCAAAAGAGUAAAGGUCAUGAAAGACAAAGACUGAGGUGAGGAGCUGUCCCAGGCUGGAGGAGAGUGAGCAGACUGACAGUGCAGCGUGAGACCCCAGAUCGCAUCCUCCAGCAGGAAGAAGACGUCGGUGGGAAACUGAAGAGUUCUUUGGCUUAAGGAAUUUAAGCCACUGAGAGGUAUGAUAUAUUUGAUCCAAGACAGUCCAUUUCAGUCCAGGAAUCUACAGUGGUGACAAGGACAUGGGACUCCUCCUGCCAGAUUCCAAAUGGGUCAAGACAAUUGACAUCCUGGCUGACAACGGUGAAAAAGAACCUUGGAUUAUUUUAUUUUAUUUUUGUGGAACACCACAAUCCCAAAUCCAUAGGACACAUCAGGCUUCAAGUUCCCUGUAGAAUUCUAAAAUAACCUUUGCUAAUGAGGAUGUCUGAUACUGUUACUAUAAAAAAUGAAACUGAAACAAUGAAGGAUUUGGAGGCAGAAGUGAAAGAUACAACCGGAGUUGAAAAUCUUACCAAAUCAGAAAACUAUGGGAAGAUUCUGGCAGAGAAGAAUGAACGUUGUAUUGACAACAAUAUUGAUUUGCAGCGGCCAUUGCAGUCAUUUGGACAGACAGGAAAAAGGUCUAAGUCAAGCUCAAAGUUAAAGCUAGUUCGGAGCCUUGCAGUGUGUGAAGAAUCUCCACCACCCCCUACAGCAGAGAUAUCACAGGAGAACCAGGAGAAAAUUCAGAUCCAGUUAACACAAUCAUUUGAAAAAGAGGAGAAGCCCUCAAAAGAUGAAGCAGAAAAAGAAAAAGCCAGUGAUAAGUUGCCCAGAAAAAUGUUAUCAAGAGAUUCCAGUCAAGAAUACACUGAUUCAACUGGCAUAGAUCUACAUGAAUUUUUAGUAAAUACAUUAAAAAACAAUCCCAGGGACAGAAUGAUGCUGUUGAAAUUGGAACAAGAAAUUUUAGAUUUCAUUGGUAAUAAUGAGUCUCCCCGUAAAAAAUUUCCCCCAAUGACAUCUUACCAUAGGAUGCUCUUGCACAGAGUCGCUGCUUACUUUGGAUUAGACCACAAUGUUGAUCAGAGUGGGAAGGCUGUCAUAGUAAACAAAACUAGCAAUACAAGAAUACCUGAUCAGAAAUUUACUGAACAUAUUAAGGAUGAUAAAGGUGAAGACUUUCAGAAACGAUAUAUCCUCAAGAGAGAUAACUCUAGCUUUGACAAGGAUGAUAACCAGAUGAGAAUACGUUUGAAAGAUGACAGACGAAGCAAAUCUAUAGAAGAAAGAGAAGAAGAAUACCAGAGAGCUAGAGACCGAAUAUUUUCCCAAGAUUCCCUGUGUUCCCAAGAGAAUUAUAUUAUUGACAAAAGAAUCCAAGACGACGAUGCUAAUAGCACUCAGCAGAGGCGCCAGAUAUUUAGAGUUAAUAAAGAUGCUUCAGGAAGAUCAACAAAUAGCCAUCAAAGCAGCACUGAGAAUGAUUUGAAGUACUCUGAACCACGGCCCUGGAGUAGCACAGAUUCAGACAGCUCUCUCCGAAACUUCAAGCCUGCUGUAACCAAAGCCAGCAGCUUCAGUGGAAUUUCAGUUCUGACAAGAGGUGAUAGUUCUGGAAGCAGCAAAAGCAUAGGCAGGCUUUCAAAAACAGGUUCUGAGUCUUCUGGUAGUGUAGGGUCAUCUACGGGCUCUCUUUCACACAUCCAGCAGCCUCUCCCAGGUACAGCUCUUAGCCAGUCUUCUCAUGGUGCACCUGUCGUCUAUCCAGCUGUCAGCACUCAUAGUUCUCUUUCCUUUGAUGGUGGCCUAAAUGGGCAAGUUGCAUCUCCUAGCACAAGCUUCUUUUUGCUUCCCUUGGAAGCAGCAGGCAUACCACCUGGCAGUAUUCUGAUCAACCCUCAAACAGGUCAGCCCUUCAUAAACCCAGAUGGGAGUCCAGUUGUCUAUAAUCCUCCAAUGACGCAACAACCAGUUAGAACCCAAGUGCCUGGACCUCCACAGCCACCUCUGCCACCCCCACCACCUCAACAGCAAGCAGCUAAUCACAUUUUCUCACAGCCUAUUCGUCCUCUGCAGCCCUCUUCACAGCCUGUUCAGUACUCUACAGCCCCUUACCCAUCCCCGCUCCUGCCAGUCUCACCCACUCAGCAAUACUCCGUGCAGGACAACCUUGGGUCUCAGUUUAGCCACAUGAGUCUUGCCCGCCAGCCAUCAGCAGAUGGUUCUGACCCUCAUGCCACCAUGUUCCAGUCCACUGUUGUUCUUCAGUCCCCACAGCAGUCUGGUUAUAUCAUGACAGCAGCCCCUCCGCCGCCGCCGCCACCGCCACCUCCUCCCCUACCACCUGCGCAGCCAGUCCCUGCUCCGGGCUACUCUGCCUCUGGUCAUCCUGUCAGCCAGCCAGUGCUCCAGCAGCAGGGGUACAUUCAGCAGCCCUCUCCACAGAUGCCAGCCUGUUACUGUGCUCCAGGCCACUACCACUCUAAUCAACCUCAGUAUCGCCCAGUCCCUUCGGUCCAUUACAACUCACAUCUAAACCAACCACUGCCACAGCCUGCACAGCAGACAGGUUAUCAAGUUAUGCCCAACCAGCAGCAAAACUACCAAGGGAUAGUUGGAGUUCAGCAACCCCAGAGCCAGAGCCUCGUUGGUGGCCAGCCCAACGGCAUUGGAAAUCAGAUUCAAGGAGUGGUCAUCCCCUAUCCUUCAGUGCCAUCGUAUCAGGUUUCACUGCCUCAAGGUUCUCAAGGAAUUGCCCAUCACACUUAUCAACAGCCUGUUAUGUUCCCUAAUCAGUCUAAUCAAGGAUCUCUGCCUGCAGCAGGAAUGCCAGUUUACUAUAGCGUCAUUCCACCUGGCCAACAAAAUAAUUUAAGUUCAUCAGUAGGUUACUUGCAACAUCCAGGAUCAGAACAAGUACAGUUUCCUCGAACUACUUCACCAUGCAAUUCCCAGCAGCUCCAAGGCCACCAGUGUGCAGUAGCACCACCUCCACCUGGUGGUGGAAUGGUGAUGAUGCAGCUCAGCGUACCAAACAAUCCGCAGUCUCGUGCCCAUUCACCCCCACAGUGGAAGCAGAACAAGUAUUACUGUGAUCACCAGAGAGGACAGAAGUGUGUGGAAUUUAGUAGUGUAGACAAUAUUGUUCAGCACAGUCCUCAACUCAGUAGUCCCAUUAUUUCACCAGCUCAGUCACCAGCACCAGCUCAGCUGUCUACCCUGAAAACUGUCCGUCCCUCUGGACCACCACUUGCCAUCAUACCCCAGUUUUCUAGACCUUUUGUCUCUGGGCAAGGAGAUGCCAGAUACCCGUUACUUGGCCAGACCCUGCAGUACAACCCUCCUGCUGUUCUGCACGGACACAUUCCAGCCCAACAGGGUCAAUCUGGCAACAGGCAUGGCAACCGAGGAAGGAAACAAGCCAAAAAAGCUGCAUCCACCGACCUGGGUGCAGGAGAAGCAGUUGUUGGGAAGGUCUUGGAAAUUACUGAACUCCCAGAUGGAAUAACUCGCAUGGAAGCCGAGAAGCUCUUUGGGGAACUCUUUAAAAUUGGCGCCAAGAUCCGAUGGCUCCGGGACCCUCAGUCCCAGCCCCAAAUGCGUCGCCACCCGCUCUGCUGUGGCAGUGGCGACAGCACUGUCAACCCCGAACGCUCGAAACCCAGUGACUUGGCCUCCACGUACACCGUCCUAGCCACAUUCCCCUCCAUCUCCGCUGCGCAGAAUGCAUUGAAGAAACAAAUUAACUCGGUUAACAAGUUUAAGCUGAGAACAAGCAAGAAGCACUAUGACUUUCACAUUUUGGAAAGGGCAAGUUCUCAGUAACAGCCACCUCAGACCCUUGGCCUUUGUGAUCCCCCCAUCGUCACCCAUCUUUAACUGGCUUGGUAUCGGGAGCUUCUGUUAACAUGAUAGAGACUCCUAGGAUGUGUGGUCAUGGCAUUACAACUUCUGAAGACAGGCCGGUGAUCCAGCAAAGAGGGGAAAAACACACAUUUCACCCCAAAUGACUGUAGGAAUCCACAUCAGAAUGAUACAGAGUUAGCAGCUUUUUCUGAGGAAAUGCUGUUCAAAUGCCUCCUAACUUUUAUAGUUAUUUUGUUUUAUAUUUCUGAAUUCUUGUAUCAGAUCCAAAGCUCUAUUGUACAGCAAAUUAUUCUUCAAAAUGAGUACCACCAGUUGCAACCUGUAUUUCUUUUUUGCAGCCAGCACAGUGUGACCCGACAUAGAAUUUGGGGGAAUAAGAAUGCAGGCGUGGAGUAGCCAAGUUAAAACUACAUACUGUCUUUUGGGGGGCCCAGUAGGUGACUGAGGAGAGCUCACAAACAAAAGAUUACUCUUCCCCUGUAUCUCUAAACACAAACAAUUUCCAGAAAAUAAAGAAUUCCCUCAUAGGGUCCUUUCCUUAUUCACUUAGGUCAUAUGAACACUGUCAAGUAAAUUAUGUUCUUAACACUUCUUAAUCAAACCACUUAGAUUCAAAGGGGAAUAGAAAUCAUUCUAGGCAGGAAAAUACUUCCACUUUUUUUUUUAGUGUCCCUCCGAUAACUAAAUGCCACUUACUUGCAUUCCCUUACUUGUGGAUUUUUUUUUUUUUUUUUUUUUUUUUGGUCACCUGAGGAAAUGCAUUUGAUGAGUGCUGGAAACUUAAGUGGUUUAAAAUGUGUUUUCAUUGUUUGCAGCGGAUCACUGGACAUCAAAGAUUCAUUGCACUUAUGAACAAGGAACCUUUUUUUCAAUUUGCAAGGCUGUACAAUGUGUGCUGAUGCAAGCCUUUUUCAGUUCAAAAGAAUAAAUGUUUACAAAUAUAUACCCACUUUGUCUUUUGUAAGUUAAAAUCACCUUUUUAAAUGA